AUGAAAAAGUUGACAUAUUAAUGUAGAAGCAUUCACUACUUGCUGAAUUUUGAUUAAAACUCCAAAAUUUAAGGAUUAUGCUAUUUUAUAUAUUUGGCAUAGCUUUUCAAUUUAAGUGGAGAAUUCAAACCACAAACAGAUAUUAUGUAAUAAAUAAAUUAAUAAUAGAACGAUAUAUUCUCUAAUAAGGGGAACGUUCAUUUUUAACAUCUUAAAUGAGUAAUACUUGACAGUAAUUCAAAUUUUCUUUUUAAUUUUCAAUUUCACACUUAUAAUUACUUUAUUCGCAAACUUUUUACUUAAUUUCAUAGAAAAGUAAGUAAAAUGGAAGCUACUAAUUAUCUUUAUUAAUGGGGUAUUAAAUGUUUAUCCUAAUGUAUUUUUUAUCCCAAUUAUCUGGUUAAAUAUAAAAUUGUGCUUCACUUAGUCACUAAUUCAUUUUCCAAUAGCUUUGAUCAAUUUAUUGAUUUCUAUAUUUAUGACUUUUUUAGUUGUAUUUUUUUAAAGAGGUGAUUCGCUAAAUUAAUCUGAAAAUGUUACUAAUAAUAUUGUUUUGCUUAGACUUUUAGUAAAAUUUUUAGAAUUUUUAUCUAUUUAUUUAUCAUUUUAAAAUGAUACAAUAUCUCUAAUUUUUUAACUCUUAAUUAUGUUAUUUAAUAUAUCACUUAAUGCAUUAAAAUUUACUUAAUCAUCGAAUUAAAAAGUAGUGUUGAACAUACUAUUUUUAUUAUUUAAUUUGAUUUUAUUAACAAAUCUUACUUUUAUGGAUUACUUGAUAAUUUCAACAGUGGUUUUGUUAUUUCAUAAUUCAUUAUUGAAUAUUAAAAGUCAGUAAAUUCUUAUGUAAGGUGACACUAUAUUAAGUUGUCAAUUAGCUGAGAAAAUUUAUAAAAAUUGUUUAGUUGAUAAAUAAGCAAGAGUAAAAUUAUAAAUAUUUAAAAAUAAUCAUAAAUGUCUUAAAUGUAAGGCUUUUUAUGAUAUAAUUGGAUGUAUUUUAAAGAGUAAGGCAACAAAUGAAAGAAAUAAAUUAAUAUAUGCAAGUUUUAUAUAAAAUAAAUGGCCAUUACGUGCAUUAGUAGAACUACAUAAAGAAAAAAGUGAAGAUUUUUACUAUUAAUCAGCUUUAUUGACUUUUCAAAAAUUAAAUAUAUGUAAGAUAUAAAUUGCUAAUUAUAUUUUAACUUCAUAUAAAUCUGAAAUAGCAUGUAAAUUAGUCUUAGAUCAAAUUUUAUAAUUGAUUGAAAAUCUAAUAAAAUUUUGGAAUUAGAUAGCUAUGAAUUAAAUUAAUUUGGUUUAAUUUUAUAGAUAGUCUUAAAACAUAGGAUUAUAAAUAAAUGAAUUGAAUAUAGUAAUGGAGAAAAAUUAUAAUUUGAAGAGUCAUAAAUUAUUGGGAAAUUCAUAAUUAGAUGUGAUAAGUUUAAGAUUACAAUAAGUAUAUUAUUGUAUUGCAAAUGUUGAUCUAAUAAAAGUAAUUAGAUAAAUUUAAUUUAGGCUUAAUAAAUGGAGGAAAUGAUUAAUGAAGUAUUUAGAUUUGAAAAAUAUUAAUAAUUUAAGACUUUAGAUAGCAAUUAAUUAAUAAUGAGUAAAUAUGUAAUUUACAUUAGAUAGAUUUAUGUUAUUAAAAACUUCUUUAAUUUAUAAUAUUAAUUAAUUGAUCAAACCAAAUUAUGAAUAGAUAAGUUAAUUUGUUGAAACAUCUCUUGAAGAUAUAAAAAUGAUUAAAUCAAGUUUAGAUUUAAUGCCUUAAUUUUUGGUUGAGAUUCAUGAUUAAUUAACUGAGAUAUUUAUUUAGAAAGGUCAAUCUCAUUUAACUCAAUAAGGAUAAUCUACAUUUUUUUAAAAUCCUAAAGGAUAUAUAGUACCUUGUAAUAUUCAUAUUUUACCAAUUCAAGGAGAGAAUGAUUAUUUCAUAAAUGCAUUAUUAACAAAAGAGUAAAAUUACAAUGAGUAAAUAAUUUUUGGUAUGAAUGGGAGAUUAUAUGGAAUGACAUAAGGUUUUUUUGAACUUACUCAAUAAAGUUUAAUUUUUGAAAAUUAUACAAAAAGAUUUUCAAUAAAUGAUAUUAUUGAGAAGGGUGCUCUUAUAUAAUAUUAUAUAGAAAACAUUAUUGAAUAAAUAGCUAAUCUAAAAUUAAACAUUGAAAAGCAUUAAAAUUAUACCCUAACAGAAUUAAUUUCAUAUUGGUAAUAUCCUGAAAAUCAUUUUAACUGUGUAUUAAGUACUAAUUAUAUAAUGAAAUAGUGUUAUUCAUCUAAUCAUGUAUUAUCCUUUUCUAAUUUUAUUUCUCAUAAAACAUUUUUACAAUCUUCUAAACCUAGUACAGUUUAGAUAUCUGAAUUUGAAGAAUCGCUUUUAAAUAGUAGAGAAUUAAAUAUUGAUGGAUGUGAAUGGUAAAUAUUAAAUAAUAAUUACAAUAAUUCAAUUAGAUAUAUGUUAGAUUAAUUAGGAGAUAUUCAAAAGGUCAAUAGAGGAAAAAUUUAUUUAAUAUAUUCACUAAGUUUUAGAAAAAUAUAUAUUGGUAAGAAAACUUUAGGAUAUUUUUUAUUAGAAAUUAAAGAUUGUAAAUAGGAUUAUACACAAAAACACAACUCUAAUUAUUAUGCCUCCUUAUAAACUAAAAGAUCAGAAUCAAGCAAAAUCAAUAAAUAAUCUUAUGGUUUCCCAGAGGAAGAUAUUGAAAUUAUUAAUUCAGAAAGACCUUAAUCAAAUGAGGAAGUUUAGAAUUAAAUUUAAAAUAUUAACUUAAAAAAUCAUCUUUUAUAUUUAAAUAAAAUAGAACAUGAUCGUUAAAUGUUAUUUAAUAAUUACUUAUCAUCUAUUAGUGUAACAAAAUAAAAAAUGUAAUCUUAUGAUUUUGAAAAUACUUCUAGACUAUUAAAACUUUAGACUGAUAGACAACCAAAAAAAUAAUUAUUGACAACUAGAAUAGAAUUAUAGAGUAUCAAUAUUUAAUAAGAUGAUGAUGACGUUAUUUAAGCAGUUGAAUAAGAAUUUUAAGAGAUUAUUCUUGAAAGAAAAAUAGUCAAUUAAUAAGUAUUAAAUGAAGAUAAUAAUGAUACAGAAAGAGAAAAACUAUUUAAAGAAUCUAAUUAAAAGCAAAAUAAAAAGAUCUAAUCAAAAAUGAAAACUAAAAGAAUAUAUAAAAAUAAAAUGAAUUCUCUUAAAGAUAUAUACCUCUAUUUAGAUCAUAUUUCUAAAUAAAAAUUUAUAAUUUCAUGCUUAAAAAAAUUCACAUAUUUUUCUAUAUGUGUAAUCUUUUUGUUAAUUAUCAAUAUAGCUGUUGAAAGUUUUGAAGUUCGAAGACAUAUAUAAAAUAAUGAUGUCUUUCUCAAAAACACUAUAACAAAAGUAGAAUUUCAUAAGAAAUUAACAAUAAAAUUAAAUUUAUAUGUUCUUUUUGAAUUAUCUUAAUUGUCAAUUAUUAAUAUAAAUUAGUAUGUAAUCUAAAUGGCUUUAUCAGAAUCUUAAUUAGUUUAUAGUUGGAAUAAAUAUGAAAAGGAAUAUUUAAUAUUAAAUAAUUAUGUUAGUGAUGGUAGUGUGGAUUUAGAAUAAUUCCAUAUGAUUUUAGAAUAAUACAACACUGAAUUGAGAUAAAUUUAUCAAAAUUCAUCAUUUUAAAGAUUCAAAUUUACCAAUUAUACUCAUUAUAUUUUUUAAUAUUUCUAUAGAGAAAUAAUAUAAGAUUUGGAUAAUUAUUAGGAUGAGUAGCCAGAUUUAAUUUAAACUUUGUUGUUUACAGUAUUAUGUUUUUUAUUUGUCAUAUAUUAAAUAAGAUUUCUAUAUGCAAAGUAAUAGAUAAUUAUUUAAAUCUUGAAAUUGAUAUAAUAAACAAAUAUUACAAAAAUAUAGAAUCAUAUAGCUAGAUUAUCUACUAUAAAAGAAACCUUUGAAACAAAAUUAGAUCAUAAUUAGAAUUAUAAUAGUAAUUCUAAAAAUUGGAAAUUAACCUCUUAUUUAACUAUAAUAUAAGAAGAUUCACAUUUACAUUUGGAGAGAUAGUAAAAUAAAAAAAUUUAUGAAUUAGAGGGAAAUUUAAAUCAUCAUUACAUAUUACCAAACUUUAUUGUAGUUACAGUUCUAUGUUUAUUUAUUAUCACAGGAUCAAUAUUGUAAGAGAAAUAUUAUUAAGAUAAUUAUUUAGAGAUUGAAAAACAAUUUUUAAAAUUAAAUAUUGUUCUUGAUUCUGGAUUACUUUAUGGAACACUAAUUAAAACUAAUAAAAUUUUUGAUCUUUCAGAUUAAAUGUUUAUCAAAUUAAUAAAUCAUUUUGAAGAUUGCAUGGAAUUAUUGGUUGAUAUUUCUAAAGAAAUUCUUAUAAAUCUUGAAUUCUUGUAAGAAGAUGAAAAAUUUAAUUUUUUGGUUUCUGAUUAUUGCUUAAAUUAUAGAGAUAAUAUAAAAUAUUGUUUAGAUGAUUAAUAUCCAUAUAAAGAUAUGCAUUAAUUAAUUGAUAGAGGAAUGAUGAGUUUGAUUAACAACAUUUAAAAAUAAAAAAUCACUGAGUUUUAGUUUGAAUUAGUUUAAAAAUAAUCUUAAAAUGAUUCAGAUGCACUAUUGAGUUUUCUUUAAAGUUAGUCUUUUAUAAAUACAUUUUUAGUUUAUUUUUAUGAGACAACGUAUAUUUUGAGUUAGUAAAUAGAUUAAAUAUAUAAAAUCUAAUAUGAGUAAUCAAAUAGAUAUGUAUUUCUAAUGUAGUUUUAUGAGAUAGCAGUUGGGAUUAGGUAAUAUAGUGAAUAAUAUUUUGUUAGUGUUGGAAUAAUGUAUUUAAUAUAUGGAUAUUUUACUUAAUUAUAUCACAAAAUAGAUUUUAAAUAUAUAAUUCUAUUUUUAAGGACAAUUCCAAAUGAAUAGAUGAAUUAAAAGAACUUUUUGCAUUAGAUGAAACGCAUUGUACAAGAAUAAUGA